CAUUGCAUCAGCAUGUCUCAUGGAUGUAGUGUUAGCGGAUACCGGUCGGUGCUGAUUUAUUUUUGUUUUGACGCAUUUUCGGGCUGUAUAUGACGCUAUGUGUUUCUUUCGGGAGUCUGUGGAAUAAGUUAAAAUGAGUUGUGUGCCGCUAAAGAGGAUUUAUAAGGACCUUCCGGUGUGGAUUGUGGAGGACCACCACGAUGUCGUGUGUCACAUCUACCGCGCCAUCGCAUCAAGACAUCUCCCGCUGAAGAAUAUAAAGAUGGUCCAUCUGGACUCCCACCCUGACCUGCUCAUCCCUGUCAACAUGCCUGCCGACACAGUCUUUGACAAGGAGAAGCUCUUGAGUGAGCUGAGUAUAGAAAACUGGAUUAUGCCCAUGGUGUAUGCUGGUCAUGUGUCCUGUGUGGCCUGGCUGCAUCCAUACUGGGCCCAGCAGAUCAGAGAAGGAGAGCACAGAAUGACAGUGGGAAGAGACGUUUCCACCACCACCAUCAGGGUGACCAGUGCAGACAACUACUUCCUCAGCGAUGGCCUGUUUGUGCCUGAGGAGCAGCUGGAAAACUCGAAACCUCUGAGGCUCAAUGUGGUCAAAGUGAACCCUGUCAGACCAGGAAAGCAGACACAGGUGCACACUGACAGAUGUUCUGUGAAGAGACGCCGCACAGACAGUAUUGAAGUCGGAGAAUCCAGCUGCGCAGGGCCCUUAUCCAAAUGCACUGACGUACUGCAGCCAGCAGAGGGCAGCAGCAACAACACCACCACACAGAAGGAGCAGACCAGUGAUGAAACAGUCUGGGGAGGGGAUGAUGAAGGUGAUGAUGAAGAGGGAUCGACUAGCUACGUUGUGAAGAGGAUCUCAGAGAUUCUAAGUGAGACAGAGCCGUACAUCCUGGACAUCGAUUUGGAUUUCUUCACUUGCAAGAAUCCCUUCAAGGAGUUAUACACACAGGAAGAAUACGCCCACCUUAAGGAGCUCUACAGCUUUAGAGGACCCAGCUCUGAUGCCGAUCAGGAAGAGCUGGAGGAGUGUGUCAGUGGGCGUACACAUCAGUUAGAGGACCUGGAGGCAGCCUUUGCUGAUCUGUUAGAGGACGAUGGAGAAGAGAAUGUUUCACGCUGGGCCAAGAACCCUGGGAUGGCCUCAUUCGCUGCAUUGGUUUUUAGUUUGAAGUCCAGAAACUCAAGUCCAGACUAUGAGAUGGUCCAUCAGGCCGGUUUAACCUGUGACACCGUCGAGCUGCCGCAUCACAUCAGCAGUGAUGAGGAGAUCGACAGACUCAUCUCUGCGGUGCAGCUGUUUCUCAAAGCUCUGCCCAAACCCACCUUGGUGACCAUGUCCAGGUCCAGUCUGGACGAGUACUGCCCGGCAGAACAGGUGGCUUCUGUCCAGAGUCGAGUUCUGUCGGUACUGGAAGACCUGUACGGACAACUGGACGUACACGAGGACUAUGAAAGCAGCAGCACGGACACUCGGGACUGCCAACCUCAGGCCUCACGACUGAGACUGCACUGAAUCCUGAAGAUAUGCAUCUGAUCUGCAGCAGCUGGAAGGGGUUUGGAUCUGGUGACGUCAUGAUACUGUAUGAACUGCGAAACAUCCAUCAGUGUGCUGUCGCUGAACAUGGUCUUGUUUACAAGUACAAUAGUGGUGUUUUUUAAGGUUUUUUGUGAAAGCACUUGGACUGAGGAUCACACUGUUUAGUUGUAAAUAAAGCCAAAUACUUGAAAAUUAAA